UCAAACGACGAAAAAAAUAUGUCAACAAAAACAUCCCAAGCGUAAUCCACCUACUUUUGUCUCGAUAGUUUUCUCCGAUUUUCGCAUUGAAAAUAAUAUCAAAAGUGUUUUUAUGUGGCCCCGGAAGGUAAAUCAGAUGCUAUAGGACCCGAAGCAAGUGCCGUUGGAUGGUUUCGAAGUCGCGCCAGUGUGGGAAACUGCUCUCGAAAAAAUGGCAGCCGGUAUCAAGUACAUCAUCCAAAAGGAAAUCUUCGAUGCCCUGGAGGAACGGAUUUUGUCCGUGUGCAAUGUGAGCAAGCUGCUGAAGAAGAAAAAAACGUCCUAUCUGUGUGUGAUUUCGACCACCAAACCCCGGAUCGUGGUUUCGAUUUGCCAGGUUAAACAGUACGACAAGGGCGUCUGGAAGAAGAAACGGACAUGGGGAUUGGAAGAGGUAAAGGGAGUGGAUGGCCGCAAUGAGUCAUCGGAGACGCAUGAAUUCGAUCUGACCCUGGAAAAGGUUUACCGAUGGUUUGCUGCUAAUCUACAUGAGAGGCAAAAUUUCAUUACGGUACUGUGGAAGCAGCUGCAGAAACAUGUCCUGGCGGAGGAACGGCCAGUGUUUAAGAAUGUCCCGAAAGCUUGGCUGACGGAACGAUCUCCGGAGAAGGCUGUGGUGGACGGGAAGUUUGCCACGAUGGGUGCUCAGGGAGGAGUGGAAGAGGACGACGAUUUGGAUGAUAUGGUCGAGAGUGAGGACUUCCAUGCCCUGACGGAAAAAGAGGAGACCAAUUUGAGUAAGCUGAUCGGAGAGUGUGACUAUGCGAUAAGCAAUGCGGAACAGUUUAUGGAACAGCUGGGGAAGAAUCUGCAGGAAUUGGAUGGGGCAAACAUUCAAAGUGUUUUGGCAUCGGAGAAGCAAGUCGAUGCCCUGAUGGAUCAAAUAGAAGCGGCCAUUUCGGAAGCGGAGAAGGUCGAGAAGCGGCUAGACGAUUAUGAUGAAAUACUUUGUCACAUUCGGGAGAGCAUGGAGAAGAUGGGCGAGAAGAACCAGAUGAUCGAAAUUGCCAAUACGAACAAUGUCAAAUUGCUGCAGGAACUGGAGAAGGUGGUCUUUCAGUUGGAUCUUCCUCACGUGCAUCAACUGGCGCUGACGGACACGGAUUUGACCCCGAAAGGUUUGCCGGCAGCGAUCGCAGCUGGUAAAGCCCUUCAAACGGCGAUGAAUAGUGACAUUGAUCCGGCACUGCUUCGACUCACAGCCGUUCAGGACCAGAGGAAACGAUUCGAAAAAUGGAAAGCCAAAUUCUCUCAGACCGUUAGUCGACACUUGAACAAUCUGUUCAUCCACUUGGGCAAUUUGGGUGACUCUCAGAGUCCGCAUUCCAAUGAUCUUAAUCUUCCUAAGCACAAUUCCGUGCACAAAGAGCUCUCGGCGUACGCGGAAUUGAUGCACUGGAUGAAGGCCAUGGACCGGAAGGCGUACGAUGCGCUGAUCAAAGUCUACACCAGUUCCCUAAGCAAAGUCUACGAUCGAGACAUUCGGUUAUUCUUCGAAGCAGCCAAGCAAUCGAUUUCCGUGCGAAGAUUUGGCUCGCGGGAAGAUCUGAACAGCAGUUCCAUGAGCAACAAACUGAAACUUGGUCAGCAGAGCAGCAAACAACCGACACAGCCUUACGGGAUCCUGGGAGUGAACAGGGAGCUAUGGAGCAACGGAGCCGAACCAGCCGAGCGGCAAAAGUUCGAUUCGAUCCUCGAGAAGGUGCUGGCCGAGUUGGAACCUGUCGCACUGAGUGAGCAGCACUUUUGUAUAGCUUUCUUCCAACUGGACGUGAUAAGUCCUACGGGGAAGAACACGCAGACUACGUUGGACAUGAGUGCCGCUUUGCAGGACAAAGAACGCGACGAACGGGAUACGGCAGUGAUGAUUCCCCAGAAGCGAUUGGACCGUCAAAUCAACGAAGAGGUGCGGCGAAUGAUGGGAGAGCUUUUUAGCAACUUGGAACAGGAGCUGAACAGUUUCAUUUUGAGCUUCGAAAAGCUCGAUAGCUACUACUCUCUGUACGUGCUUGUUCGUCUGACGCAACACGUGAUGUCCGCUCAAGAUGCUCAAUCGUUCCUCAGCAUGACUUUCGCAUCGGCGUUAAUCCAUGUCAAGCGAAACUUCGACAAGUUCAUGAACCUUCAGUUACAGUCCAUCCAGGAGGCAAAGGUCCCUAAGCGCUCCAAAUGUGGACUGCUUCCGUAUGUGGAAAAUUUCGAGGAGUUCGCUGUUACGGCGGAGGCGAUCUUCAAGAAAACCGAGCGGAGGAACGAUUUGGACAAGUGGUACCUCAAACUGGUGGAGGCGAUCUUCGAAUACAUCCCAGUGCAUGCGUUGGAACACGCCAAAACCCCUCACCAGGUGGUGAAAAUGGAAAACUAUCACAGGAUGCACUCGCUUUUGUCCCAGUUGAAGGUCGGAGUUUUGGAACAGCUCAAAAAGGACGCAAAGGUGCGGUACAAUGAUGCCCUGAAGGCAUACGUGACAAAGUACUUUGGUCGACCAUUGGAAAAGUUGAACCAAUUUUUUGAAGGUGUUCAGCAGAAAGUGCAGCAAGGUGUAAAGGAAACCGAAAUCAGCUAUCAAAUGGCCUACUCGAAGCAAGAGCUGCGUAAAGUGAUCUCCCAAUAUCCGGCACGAGAAGUGAAGAAAGGCCUAGAACAACUCUACAAAAAAGUCGAGAAACAUCUUUGCGAUGAAGAAAACCUUCUGCAGGUCGUGUGGCGCGCAAUGCAGGAGGAAUUCAUCGCUCAGUACAACUCACUGGAGCUGUGGAUCCAACGAUGCUAUGCAGGAGCGAUGAUAACGCUCGACUUUACGAUAAAGGACAUACUGGACUUUUUCUCCGAGAUUGCACGAUCGCACUAGGUCUAAACAUGUGAUCAGCUGAACAUUUUUUUGUUUGAGGCAUAUCCUUUACUGAAUCUAGCCAAUGAGGGGCGAAAACUCAGUCGUUAAACGUUACAAAACCAUAUUCCAAAUUUACGUAUGACUUAUCCCGAUUAAGUUGACAAUUAAUUUAUGAGUAAAAAUCCUUAUUUUUCUUGUUGCACCCUUUUCUUUUAGAAAGUAUUCUCUAAUAGUAAUAUAUUUACACGUUCUAUUAGGACCUAGAGUGCAAACCGACUCGUGUUGUAAGUAAUCGAACAAAAUAACAAAACCUUCCCAGUUUGAGCCGGGAAUGGCGCAAAACUAUCAAUUAUGUCGCUUAUUAACGAUACAUAUUAUAAAGACAAGCUGUUGUAUAGAAGAGUUAAAUAAAGAACCCUAUUGAUGCAUA